AUGAAAACUUCUUAUACUCAGUUGGGCACGAUAGAGGCCCCUACGGAUUGUGUACAUGCAUUGGCAUUCUCAGUAGACGGACGUUAUUUGGCGAGUGUCAGUAAUGAUAACAUGGUACGCGUCUACGGCCUAGAACGUGGAUUUGCGACGACUUGGGAAGAAAAGGGUGACUGUCCUUUCACCGCUGUCACAUGGAGAGAUGAUGCUCUCUUUGUUGGUACCAUGGACGGCGAUGUGAUAUGCUUUUACCCAACUACGAGGUGGAUUCGUCGACGGAAAAAUCAAACCUGGGUGAAUUCCUUGGCCUAUAUUGAUUUAGAUGGUUGCUGUCGAAUGAUAGCCACUGGUGACGGGAAUCGCGAACAGCGCACAAGGAUCAUACUGUGGAUCGAGGAUAAGAAGGACCUCGCGUUCAAAUUCCCCAAGCUCUGUAUGAGACAAUCUACAGUUCGUAUCUAUCCUGAGGAUUGGGCGGAUAGUCCUCACCGUGAAGGGGGUGAUCUUUGCGUUAUUGCUGUGGUCAUUGCCUUUGUGGACAGAAGCAACAUCAAAGCAGCUUUCAGGGUACUUAAGUCAUCUUCUCCUGCGGCACCGUCCACUUCCCCGUCUCCUGUGAUACCUGCUACCACAUCGUCACCUUUUUUGACAAAAGUCACGGAAUUGUUGGACACCUUGGGAGAGUUACUGGUGCGUGUUGAUUGUCCUUGA